GGGCCCUUGUGGUACAUUACUGCAUACAUUAGGGCUCUAAUAAUAACAGGAGUGAUUUUGUUGACGUUUACAUGGAGGGUGGUUGCUGACAGCCGGAGUCCAUGGAUCCCCAGGAGGAAAAGCCCAUAAUCUACACAAUGGAAAACAAACCGAUUGUGACAUGUGCCGGGGACCAGGUGCUGUUCACGUCUCUGUACAACACCUUGGCGCAGCAGCUGCCCCGGGAGGCCAUGGAGUGGAGGAGGUCAUACGGACGUGCACCAAAGAUGAUUCACCUAGAGGCCAACUUCGUCCAGUUCAAAGAGGAGCUGCUUCCCAAGGAAGGAAACAAAGCUCUCCUCACAUUCCCAUUCCUGCACAUAUACUGGACAGACUGCUGUGACACAGAGGUGUACAAGGCAUCGGUGAAGGAGGACAUCAUGCGCUGGCAGAGUCUGCUGCGGGCCCACGGCACGGUGGACUGGCUCAUCGUGGUGGUGGAGAGCGACACCAAGAAGAAGAACAAGACCAACAUCCUGCCCCGCACGUCCAUCGUCGACAAGAUCCGUAACGACUUCUGCAACAAGCAGAGCGACAGGUGUGUGGUUCUGUCGGACCCCCUGAAGGAGUCAUCGCGGUCCCAGGAGUCCUGGAGCUCCUUCCUGACCAAGCUGCGCACCCUGCUGCUCAUGUCUUUCACUAAGAACCUGGGCAAGUUCGAGGACGACAUGCGCACGCUCCGGGAGAAACGCACCGAGCCCGGCUGGAGCUUCUGCGACUACUUCAUGGUGCAGGAGGAGCUGGCCUUUGUGUUCGAGAUGCUGCAGCAGUACGAAGACGCUCUGGUCCAGUACGACGAGCUGGACGCUCUCUUCACCCAGUACGUCCUCAACUUUGGGGCCGGAGACGGGGCCAACUGGCUGGGCUCGUUCUGCCAGCCGGUGCGCAGCUGGAACGGGCUGGUGCUGCGCAGACCGAUUGACAUGGAGAAGCGGGACCUGAUCCAGCGCGGCCAGGCCAGCCUGCUGGACCUGCGCAGCUACCUGUUCUCCCGCCAGUGCACCCUGCUGCUCUUCCUGCAGCGGCCCUGGGAGGUCACGCAGCGCGCCCUGGAGCUGCUGCACAACUGCAUCCAGGAGCUGCACCUGCUGGAGGUGUCCGUGCUGCAGGGGGCUCUGGACUGCUGGGUGUUCCUCAGCUGCCUGGAGGUGCUGCAGAGAAUCGAGGGGUGCUGUGAUCGGGCCCAGCUGGAGGCUAACUGCUCCCACACCGUGGGGCUGUGGACCUACGCCUCCGAGAAGCUGAAGUCUCUGGGCUACCUGUGCGGCCUGGUGUCGGAGAGCGGGCCUGACUCCGAGGAUCUGAACAGAACUGUGGACCUGCUCGCUGGACUCGGGGCCGAGAGACCUGAAACAGCCAGCAGCCUGCAGAGUCCUUACAAAAAACUCAAGGAAGCCUUAUCCUCCGUGGAAGCCUUUGAAAAACACUAUCUGGAGCUCACUUACGCUGCCAUGGAGAUGUACAGAGCCAUUGGCAGGAUGCGGUCGGCCCGGCUGGUGGGGAAGAGCCUGGCUGAGUUCUACAUGAGGAAAGGAGACCCCCAGCAGGCAGAGGGCUUCCUGCAGGACUCUCUGAAGAGCUUCGUGUCAGAGGGCUGGGCGCUGCCCGUCACCCACACCAGGAAGCAGAUCGCUGAGUGUCAGAAGCGGCUGAAUCAGACAGAAGACUACCUGCAGACAAGCGCCUUGCUGGCCGGCGAUGCCAACCUGACAGACGAGGAGAGGAAACAUUUUUGCCAGGAGAUCCUCACCUUCGCCAGCCACGCGCAAGACAGCCAGGUCCCCAAAGUGGUGCUGAGCAUGAGCGCGUUCGCGCAGCUGCGGCAGCUGCAGUUCCGGCCGGCGGCCGCGGUGGUGCACGUGGGCGCCGCCCUGCAGCUGGAGCUGCGCCUGCACAGCCUGAUGCCCGUGCCCGUGCGGCUGGAGCAGCUGGCCGCCAGCGUGCACUUCAGCCUGGAGCGGGGCGGGGCGCGGGGGAGGGCCGGCGGGGCCGGGGCUCAACGGCAGGCGGGGCCCGGCGGGACGGUGCAUUUCCGCGAGGAGAUGCCCUCGGGGGGGCCCCCGCGGCCCUCGCCCCCGGCGCUGGAGCUGUACGAGAUGCAGGACCGCAGCCCCUCGGACAACGCGCUCAACUCGGCGGGCGUGGUCUGCAAGAACGUGCACCUGCUGCUGCGCAGGCAGGACAGCUCCGCCUCGCUGGAGGCGCCCGGCUCCGCCGGCAUCGCCGUGGAGGACGGCGCUCAGCUGCUGAAGACCCGCGACGUGACGCUGGCACCCGGCAGCAACAGCAUCCUGUUCAAUGCUCCCAGCCGGGAGCCGGGCACCUACACCCUGCGGCAGCUGUGUGCCACCGUGGGCCACAUGCAGUUCGUCCUGCCCCACAUCUACCCCAUCGUGCAGUACGAGGUGUACUCCCAGGAGCCGCAGCUCAGCGUUGAGCCCCUUGCAGACAACCUGCUGGCGGGCCUCCCGCAGAGGGUGAAGUUCACCGUCGUCACGGGUCACUACAGCGUCAGGAAGGGGGACGCCCUGCAGCUUAGCAACGCAGACGCCAUGCCCAUCCUGCACCCCUCCAGCUGCUCCGCCUCCAUCCUCUCCAGCACCGGAGAGCCUGUGGGGGAGAGCGUUCUCUCGAUCCAGUCCUCUGAGAAGGUGACCAGCAUCUCCCUGCCCCUCGCCCCUCCCUACCACACCAUCGAGUUCCAGCUGGAGGUUCUGUGCCACAUCCCGGCGGCCCCGCCCCGGCCCGAAACGGAGCGGCUGACCAACGGCGAGGUCCGGCACCGGGCCAAGAGCCGCAAGCGGGUGGACAGCGGCAUGACCGCCAUCGAUCAGAAGAUCUCCAUAGACUGUCCCUGGUCUAUUUACUCUACUCUCAUAGCCUUGACGUUCCACAUCCCCUUUAAAGCCAAACACUCACUGUUAUCAGCUGGGAAGAGGAAGUUCAUUCAGGUUUGCGUGCAGAAUAUGUCGGAGAUGAACUUCCACCUGGAGGACCAGAGCCUGACGGAGCGGCAGCAGGCGACCUCGCUGGAGCUGCAGUCCCUCAACGCCAAAUCACGGCAGCUGCUGUACAGUAACCAGUCCCUCUUCUGCGUGUGGGAGAUGAAGUGGACCAAAGACCCGCCGCCCUGCCUGCAGUGUGCGUUCUCUGUCAGCUUCUCGCCCCCGGGCGCAAAAAGCUCCGUCUGCCAGCCGUACCGAUACGACUUCCAGCUGGAGAAUGUGUCUACGCUGUACUACGUGAGAGCAGAGAUCACGCCCUCGUCUGGAGCGCAGCACUGUCACACCGGCGCCCUCUGUGGGCUGGAGGUCUCCAUCACGCGGCUGGCGGAGCUGGGCGAGGUGGAGCGGGAGGAUGUGGCGCUCACAGAGAGCGGGGGCCUCUACACCACGAAGGUCAUGUAUGAGGUGGUGGAUAACAGCAGUAACUGGGCUGUGUGCGGGAAGAGCUCGGGACUCGUCUCCAUGCCCGUGACGGCCGGCGCAACGCACAAGGUCAAAAUGGAGGUGAUGCCCCUGUUUGCAGGGAACCUGCCUUUCCCCAGCAUCAAGCUCUUCAAGUACCUGCCCCACUACGCCACGCCCGCCAUCCAGCCUGACACAGACAGCUGUUUGGAGAACGACAGCAUCUCGCUGCUGGACGAGCAGGCGGCGGACAGCAGCAGCAUCCGCAGCCGCGGCAGCGUGCACUCGCUGGGCGGGGCCGAGCAGCAGCGCGGCCUCCCCAUGCCCCGCCUGGAGCCCUUUGGCCCGGGCCAGGUCUUCAACAGUGGCCUGGGCCGGCAGGUGCUGGUGCUGCCCAGCACGGACGAUCACGUGCUGGAGGUCAACGUCACAUGACCCCCGUGGGCCGGCCCCCCGGCCCGGGCCCUGGCCCCCGGGCGGGGGCGGAUCUCCCCUCCGGGCUCGCGGGUCGGGCUCCGGUCGCUCGGCGGGCCCCGGCGCACCGCGGACGUCGCUGGAGCCUGAGAUCCCACCCGCUGUCGUUUUUCUUUUUUUCCCCCUGAUUUUUCCACUCGCUUCAUUCAUUCUCCUCCUCUCUGUAUUCCUCUGCUCCAUGCUGCUCCCUGGUUGCCUCCUUCUUUGUGACGGGGAAGGACGGGAGAGAGUCCGUCAGACUGUAGCGCUCUUCCCGCUCGGCCUCCCUCUUUCUACGGACACAGAGCAUCUCUUACCUAUCCCAGGAUGCACUGCUGCUGCGCCGCCUUCCUCCUUGCCCCCUGGUCGGCUUGAUCCCCUUCAGAGAGGAAAGAAGUCAAAUUCAGAUGUCUUUUCCGACAUGUGCC